AUGAUUCCUGAUAAUUGCGCGCUGCUCAACAUCGCAGGCAACUUCUUCUAUGGUGACCCCAUGCUCUACGCCAAUGGCUGCCAGUUCUGCCCCUCGAGGGUCAUUCAGCCCCUUGUCUUGACACCAGCCGACCUCACCAACCCCACUGGUGGCCGCUGUAGACCCCAGGGGGAUGGAGCAAUAAUUGAGAUGACACGCGCAGGGGCCAACAAGAGGGGCGAGGCGAGUCUGCGGCAGAACGUUUUCACGCUGAACAAGCAGAUGGAGUGCACGGCGAACGAGACGCAGCGCAGCAACGACGAGUGCCUGGCAUUCUGCAGCUUGUCGCGGAAGCUGGGGCCAUACGACGGGCACGGAGCGUGUUUGCCGCCGCAGGCGGGGGCAGCAGAGGCGCGCUUCACGUGUGAGUGCUACGACGGAUACGUCCCGACCAACGGCACCCUUGGCUCCACCUGCGCCCGCCCUGCUCCACCCCCUGCUGCAGGUACACUCGCGUGA